ACAUUAUACCUGAAUGACAGCAGUAUAUCAGUUAAGCUUUACAAUUUCUGCACAGAUGCAAGUUCUCUGCAAUCUACCUGUUUCCUGCCUGGUGUAUGACAUUGGUGAGAUAUACUUUCUUCAUUCAGAUUUUACGUAUUCUCAUCCUGUUUGAGUAUAACUAAUUAUUAGAGGAGGACAUGCAUGCCAAAAGAAAAUGAGGCCACAUGGUCACAUGACUGGAAUGUGUUUAACAGUAUCUAAAAUCAAGCGGAGGGACUUAAGCUAUUCCUGAAUGGGCGCUAUAUUUAUGAAGUAGAAAGAAAUUCAGCUUAAACAAGAAAGUCUUGUUUAACCUAUUGUCUUGGACUGCUUUUCUUUACCGUUACUGGAAACAGAAAUGUUUCUGCCACUAGCAUGGCUUGUUAUGUUUUCCUUCAUCCAGCAAGGACACUGCUUUGCAAUACAAGGAUGUGAUGUUCAUGGCCAGCAAAACCCCAAACUUCUGUGCUAUAGACGAGGCCUGGAACAUGUACCUGAGCACCUUCCUAACACAACAUCCAAUCUUGAUAUUUCUUUUAACCUGAUCAAAGUUAUAAAGACUGCAGAUUUCAGCAAUGUCACUCAUCUGCAACAACUAAAUGUAUCAAACAACCAUAUCCAUGUCAUUGAGAGGGGAAGUUUUCAGAUGUUAACAGCACUUCAAAUACUGAACCUCAAUCAUAAUAUUUUAAUGAAGCUAAAUAAUAGUAUUUUUGAAGGUCUGCAGAAUGUAAGCACUCUCUUACUGAGCAAUAACAGCAUUGCUUCUAUACUGCCAAUGGCUUUUUCUUCUUUAGAAAAUCUGAAGGUGCUUGAUCUGUCAUCUAACCCACUUCAGACACUUGGAUCUCUACGUUCAGUUUUUCAGAUAAAUAGUUUGACAGUGAUAGGCAUUGCAAAUAUUAGUCUUGAAAACUUUUUAUCUUCUGACCUUGAAAAUGUUUCUAAUUCACUCCAUACAAUUGACAUUUCUGAGAAUCCACUUGCUUCAGUCAGCUUUACUUCUGAUAUCCUAAAAGGUCUUACUUCCUUAAAUAUCUCAUUUUCUGGUCCCCCACUUACAUGGACAGUUAAAGACUCAUGCUUCCUGAGGGGAUUGAAGAGGAUAAUCAUGGAAGGUGUAAGUUUGAGCCCAACAGCUAUAUUAGAGGUUAUUCGGACACUUAACUGUAGUUCAUUGCAGGAAGUUAACCUCGGCCAUUUAAACCUUACUGACUCUUACCAUAUUAUCCAAGAACUUUGCCUUAAACACCCCAGAAUUCAAACCCUUUAUCUUCACCAUAAUAAUUACAGUGCAUUUCAAAGAAACACUUUUCAAAACUGUUCUGAAUUAAAAUUCCUAGAUAUAUCUCACAACCAGUUUGUACAUGUACCCGCAUCUGCCUUUGAACAUUUGACUGCUCUUGAACAGCUAACAAUGGCCGGUAACAAAUUAUCUGUGCUUUCCAGUGACUUAUCCCAGAUGGCCAACUUGAAAAGACUGAACCUGAGUUCCAAUCAUCUCACAGAAGUCUACCUAAAUGACACAAAAUCAUUCAGCAAACUGAAAAAUCUAGACCUGUCUGGAAACAAGAUGUCUGUUUUUCACUCCUCCUCCCCUAAGAUUUGGAGUCUAGACUAUUUAGACUUAGGACAAAACCAUCUCCUUGAUAUUUCUGACUCAUUUGGAAGCAAUCUCAGAAAUCUUCAGUACCUGAUACUGAGGACAAAUAAGUUAAGUUCUCUCUCUGAAAAUACUUUUCAAAACUUAAGCUCUUUACAUUUCAUAAAUCUAAUAGACAAUCAGAUACAAGACAUAGAACCAGGAGCAUUCAAAGGUCUGCAAAACCUGAAAAUUUUACUGCUUGGAAGCAAUAAACUAACUCUAGAAUCUUUUCAAAGUAAUACUUUUCAAGGGCUUGAAUCUCUUGCUGAACUUCAACUUUUCAGCAAUUAUAUAGAAUAUGAAUCCUCAAAAAAACUAACUGUGCCACCAUUCCAUUUAUUGAAUAAAUUAACGCUUCUUACUCUUAACAGUCAGGGUCAUAACGGAAUGAGGAAUUUGCCAGUCAACUUACUCGAGGGCUUGGUAUCUUUAAACAAGAUUCAGUUAGGAAAUUUAGCCCUGUCCACCAUUGAUGACAAUGUGCUUUCAUACAUUCCUCAGCUAAAGGAAUUGGAUUUAAGCAAUAACCCUAUACCAAAAUUGAAUGCAACACUGUUAAAGCCAGUUUGUAAUUUGACUGAAAUUCAUCUCAAACAAAUGGCGCUUGAAUCACUUGACUUUUUGGCUUUUUUAAAUCUUUCCAAUUUAAAUCUUCUUCGAGCUUCAGGUAACCAAAUAAACACUUUCAAGGAAACACAACUUAAGUCACUACCUUCUCUUAAAUUCCUGGAUUUGAGCGAUAACCCAAUGCUGUGCAGCUGUGACAACAAAUGGUUUAUAAGGUGGGUCCAAGACGAUUUAAAAACCCAAGUACUGAGUUUCUAUGAUUACCGAUGCGCGUAUCCCCCAUCUAACAAAGGACAAAGACUGUCGACUUUCAACACUGAUUCCUGUGGGCCUAGUUAUGACUUUAUUCUAUUUCUGUCCACUUGUGUGCCCAUAAGCAUUUGGUUGUUGUCUUCAACAAUAUGGAAAUUAUGGCGAUGGCAAGUGCUAUAUUUUUAUUACAUUAUACUUGGUUAUUUACAUGAUAAGAAACACAAAAGGGUAAGACAAAACUAUGAGUAUGAUGCUUUCAUUUCUUACAACUGCCAUGAUGAAGAAUGGGUUUUUCAUGAGCUCAUACCAAACCUUGAAAAAACUUACCAGUGGAAGCUCUGUCUUCAUCACCGAGACUUUGAACCUGGAAGAGCCAUUGUGGACAAUAUUAUAGAUAACAUUUACAACAGUCGCAAAACAAUUUGUGUGAUCAGUAGACACUAUUUAGGUAGUGAAUGGUGUUCUAAGGAAAUGCAAGUCGCCAGUUAUCGUCUUUUUGAUGAAAAUAAUGAUGUCUUGAUUCUACUGUUUUUAGAGCAUAUCCCUCAUCAUAGACUUUCUAUCUAUCAUCAAUUUAGAAGGAUGUUAACAAAGAAGACAUAUCUCCUGUGGCCUAAGAACAUUAACGCUACAGCUGUUUUCUGGCAAAUGGUGAAUAAAGCUUUGAAAGAUGAUGAGGUAUUGGCGGAGGCAAAUGUUAGAUAGGCUACAUAUAUUUAAGUGUAUAUUUAGGGAGGCAGUUAUCACCCCAGAUAAUACUUAUGCAAUGUAAAGGGCUUUCCGAUUAUUAUGUAUAAAUGUACAGUCAUACUCAAAAGUUUGCAUACCCUGGCAGAAAUUGUGAAAUAUUGGCAUUAAUAUUAAAAAUAUGACUGAUCAUG